AUGGGGAACCUCCUGUCCUCGCUGCUUCCGCCCAGAGUCCACAAGCGCCUGAAUCGGCUGUGGACAAACUCGUACUGGCUCGUGAGCACAGUCGCAUGGGUCGCGUCGACUGCGGCCAUCACUCUCGCUGCGCCAGUCAUUUUCCAUUACGAGAAAGAGUGUCAAAUGUUUGAGACGCAGGCUCAGUUCUACCAACAGCAACAGGCGCUCUUGGCAUCCGGCGUGGCUGGUGCAGCAGCUGGCGCAGCGGGGGCGACUCCUUCGGUGUGA